AUGGAAGUCAACACAAAAUCUGUUGACAAGCCAUCCAAGAGGGACUACGACAAUGGCGCCCGCGUCGUUAAGCGAACCAGAACGGAACUUGUUCCGAAAGAAGAACGCGAAAGGCGACGGCGUUUAAAGGAAGCGCAAAGAGACUACGGUCGAGGAAGUAGGGUCAAUGUCAAAGCGGUUAACGAUAAGAAGCUACGGAGCAAUUUGAAAUCCCUCGAGCACAAGUAUAAGGAAGCUACAGUAAAGGCGAAAGAUGCCGAAAUCCUUCUCGAGAAUACUAGCGGUUUUCUCGAACCCGAACACGAAUUAGAAAGGACGUAUAGAGUGCGACAAGAAGAAAUUUUAGACGAAGUCUCUAUAGAGUCCGCGAAAAAGCGAUUCGAGUUGAAACUUGACCAACUUGGGCCCUACGUUUUCGAGUAUUCCCGAACUGGACGAGAACUACUGCUGGCAGGACGCCGAGGUCAUGUUGCCACGAUGGAUUGGCGCGAAGGCAAGUUGGGAUGUGAGCUACAGCUUGGAGAGACGGUGCGUGAUGCACGGUGGCUUCACAACAACCAAUUUUUUGCCGUAGCGCAAAAGAAACAUGUCUACAUAUACGACCGCCAGGGAGUUGAGGUGCAUUGCCUAAGGAAACACCAGGAAGUAACGCAUAUGGAAUUUUUGCCGUACCAUUUCUUGUUGGCAACUCUGGGGAUGUCCGGUUUUCUUAAGUAUCAAGACGUAUCCACAGGUCAAUUAGUUACGGAAAUACCGACGAAGCUCGGAGCACCUGUUUCUCUCACGCAAAACCCCUAUAACGCUGUAUUACACGCCGGUCACCAGAACGGAACUGUUACAUUAUGGUCUCCAAACUCACCCGAACCAUUGGUGAAGCUAUUGGCGCACAAAGGCCCGGUCCGAUCGUUAGCCGUGGACAGAGAAGGCCGAUACAUGGUAUCAGGAGGACAAGAUUGCAAAAUGGCUGUUUGGGAUAUAAGAAUGUUCAAGGAGGUCAAUAGUUAUUUUACGAGACAACCUGCAUCGUCGAUCGCAAUAUCUGACCGAGGCUUAACUGCGGUAGGAUGGGGUACGAAGACUACGAUUUGGAAGGGUCUUUACUCUAAGCACGCCGCUGAACAGGAGAAGAUUCAGAGUCCCUACAUGACCUGGGGUGGCGAAGGUAAGCGCAUUGAGCGCGUGCGUUGGUGUCCAUUUGAAGAUAUCCUGGGACUGGGUCAUGAUGAAGGCUUCUCGUCAAUUAUUGUUCCUGGUGCCGGAGAACCUAACUUCGAUGCCCUGGAAGUUAAUCCGUUCGAGACGGCUAAGCAGCGACAAGAGACCGAGGUCAAGUCGUUAUUGAACAAGUUGCAGCCUGAGAUGAUCGCACUGGAUCCUAACUUCAUUGGCAAUCUUGAUCUGCGUUCUGAGCAGCAACGCCAAGCCGAGAAAGACCUCGAUGCCAAACCUGUUGAUAUUGAAACAGAAAUCAGAAAUAGGGCUCGCGGAAAGAACAGUGCGCUCCGCAGAUAUCUGAGAAAGCAACGAAGCAAGAAUAUUAUCGAUGAAAAGAGGCUGAAAGUUGAAGAACUGUGGAAAGAACAAUUACAGCAGCGGGAGAACAAGCAGAAGGAGAAAGAGGUUGAGCUUGGUCCUGCUCUGGCAAGAUUUGCUAGAAAAGAAUAA